AUGUCACGCGUUCUGCGAUUUGCUCGUUCCGACAAGCCACAUGAAUUUAUCCUUCUCCAUGUGGUUAAACUGGGAUCGGCUCCACUAGAGCUCGCCCUCACUGCGACUGAAGGCAACUGCCCAUAUACAGUCAAAGUUCAGGAGUCUCAUAUCAAAAAAUUACGCGCCAAAAAUUAUCAGGGUUCGGAUGAAGAGUGGUUGCAGAUCAUCACCCAUGUGCUAGGACAAGACGCCCCUGGCCAGAAGCUAGCAAUAUGUUCGGGAGUAGAGACAUCAAUCAGCCUAAUAGGCUCGGAGGAGGAGAACAAAGAGAUGGUUCUCACAAUCCGCCAAAGGGUUCAAUCAAUCACGAACGAUGAACAGGAGAUUGAACUGUUUGAAUGGUCGGGUCUUGCCGCCGCUAGGGUGAGCGAGCUAGAAGGCCAGGUCAUUGACUUGACCGAACGACACAGUACAGCCGAGGAGACUGUCCAGAAAUUAAAGAGACAGCUCGAGGAAUUGACGCGGGCCAAAGCUCAGCACGAAGCCCAGCUUGUGGCUAAUUUCGUUCAACUUUUGAAUGAGAAAAAGCUCAAGAUACGUAACCAGCAACGGCUCCUGGCAUCCGCAACAGGGAACCCCACGAAAGUGUCGGAGAUACAAGCAGCCACAGCGGCAGCUGGUCAAGAACUCCAAUCUACAAAACGAAACGCUCAUGAUAUGAGCGAUGCAGAUAACCAGACAGAGGAAGACCUCGAGCAAAUGGACAUUGAGCAAGAAAAAGCCGAGGAUUCCAUGGUUGACCAGGACACUGACGCCGAAGACAAAUCCACACCCCAAAUGGUAGAUGAAGGAGACACAACCACAGAUGAUGAAUCUGAGAACCUAGAGACAGCACAGCUCGUUGCCAAGUCUGAUCAGACCAGCGCCCUGGGGCGUUCCUCGACCAAGAAAGCUAGCCCGCCUCCUCGCAGAGCGCUGCCCUUCGCCAGACGAGAGCCACCAGCGAAGGCAGGUUCGGCUUGUGCUUCCAGUGAGGUUGCUGGAAACUCUGCAGGAGAGACCGAUGAUGACGAGCUGUAA